CUCGCGCAGGGGCGGAGCGGCCGCGGAACCGGAGCGGUAUGUGGGCGCUCGGACGGCGCGCAGUCGCGGGCCUGGCGUCCCGGGCCUCGGUCUCGGUCGGGAUCCCGCGCUGGAGGGAGCCUAUCGGAGCGUGCGGCCACCGAGGCCUGCAGGUCACGAUCAGCUCGGCCUCCGCCGUCCGCCACUCAAGUUUGAACCUCCAGUACCUCAAUCAGAUUCUGAACAUCAAAAGGAAGAGUGUCUGUGUGGUGCAGUUGAGGAACUCGGGAACUUUGAACAAUCCAAGCUCUCUAGACGAGACAGCUUAUGAAAGACUUGCGGGGGAGACGCUGGACGCCCUGGCGGAGUUCUUUGAAGACCUUGCAGACAAGCCCUGUACCCUGGAGGACUAUGACGUCUCUUUUGGGGGCGGCGUGCUAACCAUUAAACUGGGCGGGGAUCUAGGGACCUACGUGAUCAACAAGCAGACCCCAAACAAGCAAAUUUGGUUAUCUUCUCCCUCCAGUGGCCCUAAGCGCUAUGACUGGACUGGGAAGAACUGGGUGUACUCCCAUGACGGCGUGUCCCUGCACGAGCUGCUGGCCAGGGAGCUGACUAAGGCCUUAAAUACCAAACUGGACCUGUCUUCCUUGGCCUAUUCUGGAAAAGGCGCUUGAGCACCCACCAGAUUCAGAGACAUUAAAGCUAUCAGGCCAAGACCCCUGCUUUCUUCUGUAGUUGGGUGUCUGGUUUCCCAUGCCUGCUUCUGAGGACAGUCACACUGUGUAUGACAGCCCUGUGAAAAAAAGUGUUGUCUCCCA